AUGAAAUUUUUUUUUAUUUUAGUUAUUUUCAGUUUUUUCAGUUUCUCUUUUGGGGGAAAACUGAAGAAGUCAUUUUUGGAACUUGAGGCUCCCCCCCCGUAUAUUUUUGAUUUUUGUAAGGGGAUGAACAUUCAUUUUCUAAUAAGUGCAGAAGAAGUUAAUAGUAAUGAAUUUUUAAAUCACCUAAUAUAUGCGAUUAUGGGUACAGUAAAUUAUAUGAGAUUAAGUAUAGGCAAUGUUAUUUCAGUUUCAAUUUUUGAUGAAAAGAUAGUAUAUAAAAAUAUUAAAACUAUUGGGAAGAUAAAAAAGCAUCCAUUUGCUCGUGAAAUUGAAGAUGCAUAUAAAAAAUAUGCUCAUUACGAACCAAAAGAAACCAACUUGAAAAAUUCAAUAAUAGACUAUCAUGAAAAUGUUAUAUUAAGCGAUCCAGUAAUGAAAAAUCAAAAAAAUGUUAUCAUUAUUUGCAAGGCAUUUGACAAAACAGAUUUAACAGAUUACAGUGAGGAAACAAUAAAUUUUAUUAGGGAUAAAAGAGACCAAGAUUUAGGAAUUUAUUUUAUUUCAGAAAAUACUAUGUAUUCUUCUAAUAUGGUUUAUAAACUUUCAGAAACGAGGCUCGAUGAAGACGGACUUUAUCCUAUUGCACAUUUGCUUUCUGGUCUUUAUGAUAAUAGAUUAGUUAUCAGUGUAAAGAAAUUUUGUUAUCAUUUAACACAUGGAUCACUUUGCAAUAAAUAUAAUGAUUGGAGUGAUUGGUCUGGUCCAUGUGAAUUUAGACAACGACGAAAAGAAAUUCCUUUAAAUAUUACUAGAACAAAAGCUACUAAAUUUUUACGUCAUUAUAUCCCAACUUGCAGUAAUACUUUUGAUUAUUCAAUAUCUGUUAAAGAAGAUUUCAAAAUUGAUUGCUCUAAUAUAAUAUAUGAUUGUAGGGGUACAUGUGAUGCUGGCUAUAAAUUUAAACCUUUUGUUGCAGAUAAUGAAAUUGUAGAACGUUAUGUAGAAUGUACAGAUUUGCCACCUUGCACGGAAGAACAAAGAAAAAGUAGAGAUAAAUAUGAAUAUAAAAAAAUAAUAAAAGAUCUUAACGAUGAAGCAGAACAAAAAGAAUAUCAAGAUACUAUUGAACGAAAAGUUAUAGAAAAAAUACGAGAAGGCGAAACAGAAGCCCAAGCUAAUGCACGAAAAAUUAAAGCAAUACAUGAAUUCAUAGACAACCGAAUAAAUGCAAUGUUAAACAAGCAAUAUGCUCUUUUAAAUAUAAAACCUCCCGGAUAUAAAGAAGAAACAAAAGGAAACUCAGAAGAUCUCACUGAUACGAACAUAAUUUCGGAAAUAUUACCUCCCCAAUACACAGUAUCUGGGAAUUCGAACUUAAAAAAAUAUCCUGCAAAAGAUACCGAUUCAAAAAAAGGAGACAAUCACGAACCCCAUAAAGAUGACCAAGAGAUCAAGGUAAUUGAAAAUUAUCACCCUAAACAAAAUGGUGAAGUGGAGAAGGAAAUAUCCGAAAUUAAUAACGAUUCAGACGGGAAUAUUACUAAAAAUCCAACCGAUAUACGAAUAUUAGAAAAAAAACAAUUAAAUGGAAAUAAUAAACAUACUGAUGAUCCCAUCGAUGGUGCACAAGAUGGAGAUAAAUAUGAAGGGAAUGUAAUUGCCGAAAAUAAAGAAAUAAAAGGCAUUGAUAAAAAUACCGACGAAACAACAAUUAAUAAUAAUAUGAGGGUUGAUAACACAUCUGAAAUGAAAGCUGACCCCAUAUAUACAAGUGUAGACCACGAAAAAAAUAAUGGGAAUGCAGAAUCUAAUAAACAAACAUUGCCAAAAGAAGAAUCAGAAUCAAAUAAAGAGAAAUAUGAAGACAAACAAAUAUUUCCAGAUAAAACAAAAAGUGAAACUGAAAAAAAAGACAAAGAAAUUGUUACUGACCAAGAAUUGAAUAAAAUAACACAAAACGGAAAUGUAGAAAAUAAAGGUGAAGAAAAUCCUGAAAAUUCCAAAACAAUUGUAUCAGAUAGCAAUAUUUUAAGUAAGCAAAUUCCAAUAGAUAAUACUAAAAUAAUAGAAUCACAUUCUACAUUAGAUGAAAAUAAAACAGUAGAAGGAAAUAUAUCUACACAUGAAACUAAAACAGUAGAAGAAGGUAUACCUGUACAUGAAAGUAAAAUAGUAGAUGAGCAUAAACCUUUAGAAGAAACUAAAAAAGUAGAAGAAUAUGAACCUGUACAUGAAAGCAAAACCGUAGAAGGAAAUAUACCUAAAUAUGAAAGUAAAACAGUAGAAGGAAAUAUACCUGCAUAUGAAAAUAAAACAAUAGAAGAAGAUAUGCCUGUAAAUGAAACCAAAACAAUAGAAGAGCAUAAACCUGUACAUGAAACUAAAACAGUAGAACAAAGUAUACCUGUACAUGAAACUAAAGCAAUAGAAGAAAAUAUACCUGCAUAUGAAAGUAAAAUAGUAGAAGAAGAUAAACCUGUGCAUGAAACUAAAACAGUAGAAGAAAAUAUACCUGUACAUGAAACUAAAACGGUAGAAGAAGAUAAACCUGUACAUGAAACUAAAACAGUAGAAGAAGAUAAACCUGUAUAUGAAACUAAAACAAUAGAAGAAGAUAUUCCUGUAUAUGAAACUAAAACAGUAGAAGAACAUAAACCUGUACAUGAAAGUAAAGUAAUAGACGAACACAAACCUCUCGAAGAAACCAAAACAAUAGAAGAGCAUAAAUCUACAUAUGAAAGUCAAAUAGUAGAAGAAAAUAUACCUGUACAUGAAACUAAAACAGUAGAAGAUAAACCUGUAUAUGAAAGUAAAGUAAUAGACGAACAUAAACCUUUCGAAGAAACUAAAACAGUAGAUGAUAAUAUGCCUACAUAUGAAACUAAAGCAAUAGAAGAAAAUAUGCCAGUACAUGAAACUAAAAUAGUAGAAGAAGAUAAACCUGUACAUGAGACUAAAGCAAUAGAAGAAGAUAUACCUGUACAUGAAACUAAAAUAGUAGAAAAUAUACCUGUACAUGAAACUAAAACAAUAGAAGAAAAUAUACCUGCAUAUGAAACUAAAACAGUAGAAGAAAAUAUACCUGUACAUGAAACUAAAACAGUAGAAGAAGAUAAACCUGUAUAUGAAACUAAAACAGUAGAACAAAGUAUACCUGUACAUGAAACUAAAGCAAUAGAAGAAAAUAUACCUGCAUAUGAAAGUAAAACAGUAGAAGAAGAUAAACCUGUAUAUGAAACUAAAACAAUAGAAGAAGAUAUGCCUGUAUAUGAAACUAAAACAGUAGAAGAACAUAAACCUGUACAUGAAAGUAGAGUAAUAGACGAACACAAACCUCUCGAAGAAACCAAAACAAUAGAAGAGCAUAAAUCUCCAUAUGAAAGUCAAAUAGUAGAAGAAAAUAUACCUGUACAUGAAACUAAAACAGUAGAAGAUAAACCUGUAUAUGAAAGUAAAGUAAUAGACGAACAUAAACCUUUCGAAGAAACUAAAACAUUAGAUGAUAAUAUGCCUACAUAUGAAAGUAAAGUAAUAGACGAACAUAAACCUUUCGAAGAAACUAAAACAGUAGAUGAUAAUAUGCCUACAUAUGAAACUAAAGCAAUAGAAGAAAAUAUGCCAGUACAUGAAACUAAAAUAGUAGAAGAAGAUAAACCUGUACAUGAGACUAAAGCAAUAGAAGAAGAUAUACCUGUACAUGAAACUAAAAUAGUAGAAAAUAUACCUGUACAUGAAACUAAAACAAUAGAAGAAGAUAUACCUACAUAUGAAACUAAAACAGUAGAAGAAGAUAAACCUGUACAUGAAACUAAAACUGUAGAAGAUAAUAUCCCUGUGCAUGAAACUAAAACAGUAGAAGAAGAUAAACCUGUACAUGAAACUAAAACUGUAGAAGAUAAUAUCCCUGUGCAUGAAACUAAAACAGUAGAAGAUAAUAUUCCUACAUAUGAAACUAAAGGAAUAGAAGAAAAUAUACCUGUACAUGAAACUAAAACAGUAGAAGAAGAUAAACCUGUACAUGAGACUAAAGCAAUAGAAGAAGAUAUACCUGUAAAUGAAAGUAAAAUAGUAGAAGAUAUGCCUACAUAUGAAACUAAAACAGUAGAAAAUAUACCUGUAAAUGAAACUAAAAAAAUAGAAGAGCAUAAACCUGCAUAUGAAAGUAAACUAGUAGAAGAUAUGCCUACAUAUGAAACUAAAGCAAUAGAAGAAGAUAUACCUACAUAUGAAACUAAAACAGUAAAUGAUAAUAUGCCUAUAUAUGAAACUAAAACAUUAGAAGAAGAUAUACCUGUACAUGAAACUAAAAUAGUAGAAGAUAUGCCUACAUAUGAAACUAAAACAAUAGACGAACAUAAACCUCUAGAUGAAACCAAAACAAUAGAAGAGCAUAAACCUGCAUAUGAAAGUAAAAUAGUAGAAGAUAUGCCUACAUAUGAAACUAAAACAGUAGAAGAAGAUAAACCUUUACAUGAAACUAAAACAAUAGACGAACAUAAACCUCUAGAUGAAACCAAAACAAUAGAAGAGCAUAAAUCUACACAUGAAAGUCAAAUAGUAGAAGAAGAUAAACCUGCAUAUGAAACUAAAACAGUAGAACAAAGUAUACCUGUACAUGAAACUAAAGCAAUAGAAGAAAAUAUACCUGCAUAUGAAACUAAAACAGUAGAAGAAAAUAUACCUGUACAUGAAACUAAAACAGUAGAAGAAGAUAAACCUGUAUAUGAAACUAAAACAGUAGAACAAAGUAUACCUGUACAUGAAACUAAAGCAAUAGAAGAAAAUAUACCUGCAUAUGAAAGUAAAACAGUAGAAGAAGAUAAACCUGCAUAUGAAAGUAAAAUAGUAGAAGAUAUGCCUACAUAUGAAACUAAAACAGUAGAAGAAGAUAAACCUGUACAUGAAACUAAAACAGUAGAAGAAGAUAUACCUACAUAUGAAACUAAAACAGUAGAAGAAGAUAAACCUGUAUAUGAAAGUAAAGUAAUAGAAGAAGAUAUACCUGUACAUGAAACUAAAACAGUAGAAGAAGAUAAACCUGUAUAUGAAACUAAAAUAGUAGAAGAAGAUAUACCUACAUAUGAAACUAAAACAGUAGAAGAAGAUAAACCUGUAUAUGAAAGUAAAGUAAUAGAAGAAAAUAUACCUGUACAUGAAACUAAAACAGUAGAAGAAGAUAAACCUGUACAUGAGACUAAAGCAAUAGAAGAAGAUAUACCUGUACAUGAAACUAAAACAGUAGAAGAAGAUAAACCUGUAUAUGAAACUAAAACAGUAGAUGAUAAUAUGCCUACAUAUGAAACUAAAGGAAUAGAAGAAAAUAUGCCAGUACAUGAAACUAAAAUAGUAGAAGAAGAUAAACCUCUCGAAGAAACCAAAACAAUAGAAGAGCAUAAACCUACAUAUGAAACUAAAACAGUAGAUGAUAAUAUGCCUACAUAUGAAACUAAAGGAAUAGAAGAAAAUAUACCUGUACAUGAAACUAAAACAAUAGAAGAAGAUAUACCUACAUAUGAAACUAAAACAGUAAAUGAUAAUAUGCCUAUAUAUGAAAGUAAAACAGUAGAAGAAGAUAAACCUACAUAUGAAACUAAAGGAAUAGAAGAAAAUAUACCUGUACAUGAAACUAAAACAGUAGAAGAAGAUAAACCUGUACAUGAGACUAAAGCAAUAGAAGAAGAUAUACCUGCAUAUGAAAGUAAAAUAGUAGAAGAAGAUAAACCUGUAUAUGAAACUAAAACAAUAGACGAAGAUAAACCUGUAUAUGAAACUAAAAUAGUAGAAGAAUAUAAACCUCUCGAAGAAACCAAAACAAUAGAAGAGCAUAAACCUACAUAUGAAACUAAAAUAGUAGAAGAUAUGCCUACAUAUGAAACUAAAACAUUAGAUGAACAUAAACAUGUACAUGAAAGUAAAAUAGUAGAAGAUGAUAUCCCUGUGCAUGAAACUAAAGUAAUAGAAGAGCAUAAACCUCUAGAUGAAAAUAAAGUAAUAGAAGAAGAUAUCCCUGUGUAUGAAACUAAAACAGUAGAAGAAGAUAAUCCUACAUAUGAAACAAAAACAGUAGAAGAAAAUAUACCUGUGUAUGAAAAUAAAACAGUAGAAGAAGAUAUCCCUGUGCAUGAAACUAAAACAAUAGAAGAAGUUAUACCUACAUAUGAAAAUAAAGUAAUAGACGAACAUAAACCUUUCGAAGAAACUAAAACAAUAGAAGAAGAUAUCUCUCUCGAUGAAAAUAAAGUAAUAGAUGAAGUUAUACCUCUACAUGAAACUAAAACAGUAGAAGAGGGUAUACCGGUACAUGAAAACAAUACAGUAGAAGAAAUUAUACCUGUACAUGAAAGUAAAACAAUAAAAGAGCAUAAACCUCUCGAAGAAACUAAAACAAUAGAAGAGCAUAAACCAGUUGAUACUAUCGAUGCCAGUGACAUUAUAGAUAAGGGAAUAAGUAUUGAUGACAAUAAAAUUAUUCAGGAAAAUGGUGGACGAAUUUCAGAUAAAGAUGAGGCAAUUGAAAAUUUAGAUGGCUACGAAUCAACUAAGUCCACAAAUUAUAGUGAUAAUAGUGAUGAUAAUGAAGAAGAAGAAAUUAUUGUCCCAAAUCAAAAUAUAGACUCAUCAACGAGCAAUAUUAUUAAUGAUCAAUCUAAAAUAAUAUACACAGGUAAAAGCGUAAACAAAACUCUAAAUAGCGAUUCUGAUGAGAAUAUGCAUAUGGAAUCAAGAAAGGAAGAUAUUCAAAAAGAAAGUGAAAAUAAUAAAGAUGUGGUAAGUCAUAUACCUGAUGAUAAAAUUAUACACGGGGUAGUAAAUAAUGACGAGAAAAAAUUAUUAAUAGAUGAAAAAAAUAUUGAAGAUAUAUUAGAAAAAGAUCUUAAUGUUGAUAAUUCAGAAGGCAGAAGCAAUGAAUAUAAUACCAUACACAUGCAAAAUAAAGCGGAUACCAUUUUAGACGAACAUAAUAAUAGAGAAAAAAUUGAUAACAAUGGAAAAAUAAGCGAACAAAUUUCUGAAGACAAAUCAUAUAAUCUAGAUAUUAAAGUGGAAAGAGAUGCAUUACCACAUGAUAGUAUUAAUAUACAAAAAGCAAAAGACGAAGCUGAUAUAAAGAAAGAAGAAGCCGAUAUAAAGAAAGAAGAAGCCGAUAUAAAGAAAGACGAAGCUGAUAUAAAGAAAGACGAAGCUGAUAUAAAGAAAGAAGAAACUGAUAUACAGAAAGAAGAAGCCGAUAUAAAGAAAGAAGAAACUGAUAUACAGAAAGAAGAAGAAGCUGUUAUAAAGAAAGACGAAGCUGAUAUAAAGAAAGAAACUGAUAUAAAGAAAGAAACUGAUAUAAAGAAAGAAACUGAUAUAAAGAAAGACGAAGCUGUUAUAAAGAAAGAAGAUAUAUCUAUGAAUAAGGAAAUAGACGAAAAAAAACUAAUAAUAGAAGAUAAUACUAAUUGUCCACCAAAUGUAAUUACUAUAAAAGAAAAAUGUGACGAAACGGCUAGAGAAUCUGAUGUAAAUCCAGAAAGUACAAUUAUAAAAGACAAAGACGAUGUAUCUACAGAAAACUCUAAUACCGAAAAAAUCGAAAAAACCGAAAAAACCGAAAAAACCGAAAAAACUGAAAAAAACGACGUAAUUGAUGAUAGUGAUGAUUUUAAUAUAAAUGAAAUAAUUAGUGAUGUAGUAAAUGAUAAUGUUAAUAGUAACGAAAAUGGAAAUAAAUAUGAUCAAAACGAAAAACUAGGCAUGCUAGAUGAUUUCGUAGAAAAAUCAAAAAAAAUUUCAGGUGAAAAAAAUGAUUAUCCUUAUAAAUAUUAUUCAGAUACAAAAAGCGUUCAUAAAAUUUUUUUCAAAAAAUCACAAGGGAAAAUCGAUGAAAAUAAAUAUAUUAUCGUUGGGCAGAAUAAUUAUAUUAUAGAUUCCAAAGACGCUAAAAAUCCUUUUCAAAAAAAUAUGUCUAAUGGUAUUGAUAAAAUUUUAGAAGAAAAAAUCCAAAAAGACAUAAAAAACACAUUAGAAGGUUAUAACAAUGGAAAAGAAGAAGAAGAAGAAAAAGAAAAAAGCAAAUCAUCUAAUAAUAGAGUAUUAAAACUUGCAGGUAUGUCAUUAUUCGGUGCUGUAUUCAUAGUCUUUAUGUCUAUGUACAUGCUUAAAAAAAUUAAUUCUUACAAAACGAACGAAACUCCCAUUAUGAAUUUCGAAUAUGAUGAGUUUCCAAAAAAUAUAAUAAACAAUGAUAAAGGAGAGGAAGUAACAUGUGGUGAUAUUAGUUACGUUAAUGAUGAUUGGUCAUAG